AUGUUGGAGCAUAACGCUUAUAUUACUCAACAUCGUCACUCAACCUGCGAAGACCGACAAAGACGUACGCCAUCAAGAAGACGACGUCAACAAUGUCAACAACUCGCAAUGGGCAGCUCCCAAGGUCGUGGUCAAGAAGAAGAAAGUGCACAAUUUCUCGACCAACGUCAACGACUCGCUGUGGUUGCACCAGCAACAGCGCUCAUCUUCUGAGGACGACUUCAACAAGCUGAUCGGAGGACAGCUCAAGCAGUUCGACUACAUCAACGAAUUCAUCCGUUUGCGAGACGUUGGGUCGACUGUUCCUGGCAUCAGCGAGAUCUUUGACUCCAAGAUCUCAGCACAAGGCGCUACUUCGAAUGCAGACUACAACGUCUACGGCCGCAGUACCAACGAAGACCGUCACUCAAUGGAAGCUCCAUGGUACUACAACAGCUUCCGCGCUCACCUGUCGAUGUGCAACACUUCGCUUCUGCCUGACGCUUGGUACAUCAGACAGCUCGACAAGGACGAACGCUUGGACCCCGAGUUGGGUCACUCCAAAAGGAUGCCGCCACCGCUCAACUACGAUGGUUCGCAGCUCAUCAAGUUGACGGAUUCAACAAUCAUUGACGACGCCGUUGCCGCAAAAGACAACAGGAGCCGCACUUCUCCUGCUGCAAGCCGGUUCAACUACCAGUCGCUCAACUGGUCGAACGAGUGCCACGUUGCCGUUCUUUGCGCCAAGAAACUGCCUGCCUCGUACCUGCUCAACAACGUCAAGCCGAACAUGGUCCACGCUGUCACGGCCGACUCCAUCGACUCCAUCGGAAGACAUCGAGCAGCAUCUUUGCGUCGACAUCCACGUGAAACCUGCAAGCAGACAUGCCGACAACGCCACGGGUUCAACAGCGCAAAGAAGAUCAACACGUGCAAAAAGAACACUGCGAUCGCUGAGACGACGACGCCGCCGCAGACGUCGCCCACCAGACGACUACGACUUUGUUCAAGCCGUGCCCAAGACGCUCAACACGUCAUCUUCACGCUCCUGAAGUCAAACAUCAAUCCCUAUUCCUACAACGUUAGGUUACAUGUAUCAGAUGAUUAUUUCUCUUUUCUUUCUGAAAUGUAACAAUCAUCUUAGGAGGGAGGUGUUGGAGCAUAA